AUGGAAGGGGCAUUCACUCACCUCGGGAACCAUCUUAUUUCAGACUCUGCAGCCGCUAUAAAUGCUGGUGCAGACGACUUAUCAAGCAUCGAUCCUGAUGAGAGCCUACUCUACGGCCAGUAUGGAGGAAGAGAUGGAUUAAGCACUAACAGACGAAGAAAUGAUGACGACGAUAACGAUACAGAGGUUUUUGACGAUGAUGCCGAGAGUUUGGCUAGCGUACCUGUUGAUGGGAUGAAGAACCUAAGUUUGAGAAGAGUGGAAGACGAAAAAGAACUACCUUCUCACGCCUGCGCCUACUGUGGUAUCCACUCACCCAGCUGCGUUGUCAAGUGCCUAGGCUGUAGUAAAUGGUUUUGCAGUGCUCGUGGCAAUGCCACAUCCUCUCACAUUGUGAAUCAUUUGGUUCGUGCGAGGCACAAAGAGGUUCAACUGCAUCCUUUAUCUACUCUGGGAGAUACUGUCCUUGAAUGUUACAACUGUGGAACGAAAAACGUCUUUUUACUUGGAUUUAUUCCUGCUAAAUCAGAUACAGUCGUAGUCCUACUUUGUCGCCAGCCAUGCGCCUCCACUCCAUCAUCAAAAGAUAUGAGCUGGGAUAUUUCACGGUGGCAACCUUUAAUUGAGGAUCGCUCAUUUUUACCUUGGCUCCUAUCAGUUCCUACUGAUGCUGAACAACUUCGUGCUCGCCAUCUUACCCCUCCCAUGAUUGCAAAACUAGAAGAGAUGUGGAAAGAUAACGCCAGCGCUACAAUCGCUGAUCUUGAAAAAGCCGCAGGAAUUGACGACGAUCCUGCUCCAGUACUCCUAAAGUAUGACGACGCUUAUCAAUAUCAAAACGUAUUCGGACCCCUUGUCAAGAUUGAAGCAGACUAUGAUCGCAAACUCAAAGAAGCACAAUCUGAAGAUGGAUUGGUGAUUCGUUGGGAUCUUGGCCUUAACAACAAACAUCUAGCUAGUUUCGUUCUCCCAAAAAUCGAACUAGGUGAUGUCAAGCUUGCUGUCGGUGACGAAAUGCGGCUCAAAUACAAGGGUGAACUGCGACCGGUUUGGGAGGGUGUAGGCUACGUUGUCAAAAUCCCAAACAAUCAGUCCGACGAGGUCACUAUAGAACUUCGUAAAGUUGGUAGCGACAAAUCAGUCCCUACAGAAUGCACUCAUAAUUUCUCUGCCGAUUAUGUCUGGAAAGCCACAUCCUACGAUCGCAUGCAAUUCGCGAUGAAGACGUUUGCUGUAGACGAAAUGAGCGUUUCAGGCUACAUUUUCCACAAACUAUUAGGCCAUGAGGUCGCUGCUGCCCCUAUGAAGAUCCAAAUGCCAAAAAAAUUCAGCGUUCCUGGCCUUCCAGAACUAAAUAGCAGUCAGAUAAGUGCUGUAAAAAGUGUUCUUCAGAAACCUCUGAGUCUUAUUCAGGGACCUCCCGGUACAGGAAAAACAGUUACAUCCGCAACAGUGAUCUAUCAUCUUUCAAAAGUUAAUGGUGGUCAGGUUCUUGUUUGUGCCCCGUCGAACGUCGCUGUUGAUCAACUUUGCGAACGUAUACAUCGCACAGGACUUAAGGUAGUUCGGUUAACAGCCAAGUCUCGAGAAGAUGUAGAGUCUUCUGUUGGCUUCCUCGCUCUCCACGAGCAGGUUCGCAUGAACGAUAGCAACGUCGAGCUUAUGAAGCUCGCACAGCUCAAAACAGAACUCGGUGAACUCUCAAGCCAAGACGAGAAAAAGUUUAAGGCACUAACUCGUGCUGCUGAACGUGAAAUUUUAACGAAUGCCGAUGUAAUUUGUUGUACUUGCGUGGGUGCUGGUGAUCCUCGCCUUGCGAAAAUGAAAUUUCGCACUGUCUUGAUUGAUGAAUCAACUCAAUCUGCUGAGCCUGAGUGUAUGAUCCCCCUUGUUUUGGGUUGCAAACAGGUAGUGUUGGUUGGAGAUCAUCAACAAUUAGGACCCGUCAUCAUGAAUAAGAAGGCAGCUAAAGCUGGUCUUAAUCAAUCUUUAUUCGAGCGACUAGUCAUGCUAGAAAUGCACCCAAUUCGGCUUAAUAUCCAGUAUCGCAUGCAUCCAUGUCUCUCAGAAUUUCCCUCAAAUAUGUUCUAUGAGGGAACUCUUCAGAAUGGUGUUACCAUGCAGGAGCGUCUUCGCUAUGAAGUCGACUUUCCCUGGCCAGUUGGUGAUACGCCAAUGAUGUUCUGGUCAAACCUUGGAAAUGAGGAGAUUUCUGCUUCUGGAACUUCUUAUUUGAACAGAACUGAAGCCUCUAAUGUAGAGAAAAUAGUGACGCGAUUUUUUAAGGCUGGUGUUCAACCUGAUGAUAUUGGAGUCAUUACUCCCUACGAAGGUCAACGAAGUUAUGUCGUAAGUUCUAUGCAAAACACCGGAACCUUUAAGAAAGAAAGUUAUCGAGAAAUAGAAGUGGCUUCCGUCGAUGCGUUUCAGGGACGGGAGAAAGACUUUAUCGUCCUAUCUUGUGUUAGAUCGAAUGACCAUCAAGGAAUAGGGUUCCUGAGCGAUCCACGGCGGCUCAAUGUUGCCCUCACACGAGCUAAGUAUGGGCUAGUAAUUUUGGGAAAUCCAAAAGUUUUAUCCAAACAUCCACUGUGGCAUCACUUACUUUUACACUUCAAGGAGCGUAACUGCCUCGUAGAGGGCCCUCUUUCGAAUUUACAAACUUCGCUUCUCCAGUUUAGUCGUCCCAAAACAACAUACCGCGGGCCCCAACGCUACCAGAUGUCACACCCUGUCUUCAAUGGCCACUUAACAGCUAAUGGUAAAGGCAUCUCUGACUUUAGUGACGCAGGAUCGAUGCUUGGAUACAUUGCUGACGACGUCUCAUCUAUUCAUUCUUCAGCCCUUGGUGGAGUUGGCCUUGGAUCUGCCUAUCCACAGAUGUUCUCAAACUUCGUACCAGAAGCUUGGCCUGGUCUAGAUCCUCGUACACGUCAAAAUGGCCAAAAAGCUCGUGGUCGCGCACCCGAAAGUAUAGCCGGAGAAUCAGUUGCAGCAAGUGAACUUACUGAUGCAACCGGAAGCACAUUUGACGGGAAGGGAAUGGGUCAAGGAGGCGUAAGCUUGGGGCCAAGUCUUCAUGAUGUUCAAAAACAGACUAGUUUGAACCAGUCAGACCGUCUCAAACGUUAUGUUGAGUCUGGGGGUCGUAUUGCAGAUUAUAAGAUGAGUGAUACCGCUAGUGUUUUUGGAAGCAGCUCACUCCUCAGUGGUCGCCGUCUUGAUGACGAUGAAAAGAGUGUCUCAACCGCAUUUGCAAGUCAGAUAGGAGGAACUACUAGGUCAAGAUGGCUUUCGGCCGAUACUCCUGCCAGCUCCAGGGCUCUAGAUCAUCAAUGGACCCCACCAGACGUCACUGAUGAGUAA